ACAGUAGUGACUUUAUUUUUUUGAAAUAAAAGCUUUUUUCCCCAUUUUCCACAACUCUUCUGCAACUAUCCCCAUAUUUGACCUAGAAAUGAUUUUAAUUUUGCAUUUAUUAUAACUUUAAAUGAAAGAAAAGAAGAUUCUUUAGCAUAAACAUGAGAGUUACCGCCCUACCGCUAGAUGGCAGUAAUAUUGCGUUAAUACCCCUUUGUCCCAUCGGUUGUAAACCGCCUUGAUACGAAGAAGAAAGUAUGCUCCCUUGGAAGAAGGAACACAAAAAAUAAGGGUCUUCCCCUACUAAGGGCCCUUGGUUCUGAAACCUACAUAGAACGUGAAAUGGAAACAACAGAACAUCAAGAUCACCUGUACACCAACAACGAAGACGAUGACUCCAUUCCGGUGGAUUUCACCUAUAAAAUGAAGCGCGAAGAAGUGGAAGAAUUCGUGAAGCUGAGGGCUUCAAACGAUCACCUCUUCUCAGGAAAAAGAUAUGCCUCCAUGUGGGCGUGGAGUGCCAUCCUGAAACAUAUGGGCCUGCAGUGCAAGAUGAGCCACUAUCAAGCAUCUAAAAAAUGGGAAAACUUGAAAAAGAGAUAUAAGGAGCUGAAGUAUCCUCCAGAAGGGGUGACAGAGUGCCCUAAUACCUGGUUUCUGUUCUCCCUGAUGGAUGAUGCCCUGCACGAUCGACUGCAGGGAAAAGCUCCCAUCCUCACAGCCCCCAAUGACUCCAGUAAUGGUGACUUCCUGCCCAGGUGCAGGCCCAGGAAGAGAAGGGCACCUGUCACAGAGAUAUCUUUGGCUAAUGAUUUGAUAGCUGGCGGGCCUGAGAUUGAAAUUACGUUAAGCGGAGACGAAGAUGGAGAGGAAGCGGUAACAUUGGAGGGAAGCGGGUUGACAAAGGGCUGCACGCUGGAGGUUUUCGAUAAGGAGGACGGGAGGAACAAUGAUUCCCAUAAGAUGGACAGAGAGCGGGCGUUAUGGCGUAGAGAGAAGGCGGUACUGGACCGGGAACUCGCCGCUCUGGAGCGAGCUCGGGCUUUGCUGGACCGGGAGAAGGCCACCUUGGAGAGAGAGAGGGCCAUCAUUGAAAGGGAGAGGGCCCUGAUGGAGAAGGAGAAGGUGAUACUGGACAAGGAGAGAGACGUCGUCCACAACGAGCGUGUCGCUCUGGAAAAAGAAAAAGCAAGCCUGAACAGAACUUCUACAGAACCCGCAAGAGCUGAGGAGGAAACAGGAAGCAGCGGGGCUGUGAACUCAGAGACUACCGACAGAAAAAAGCAACUUCUUUAUUUGUUUGAAAAACUUCUUGAGGGUAUUUAAUCCAUUUCUAACCCCUUUUUUUCUGCUGAUCGUAAGUCAUUUCUUAAGCCAAAGAGAGUCAAAAUCCUCCUUUUUGUCACCUUUAUAGUAUUAAUAAAAACGUUGAGCCACUCCUAGUUGGGAAGGGUUCUCAAAAUGACUUUAUUUACUUGUUUUUUGGUACACAGCACACAAUAGAAGGCUAAUUGCAUUAUCUUUAACCCUACCCAAGAAAAAUAACCCCCAAAACCCAGCCUUUCCUUCCCAAAUCAAACAAAAGUCUGACCCUAGAUGUUAGAGUUCUUGGUGCAAGCUGUUGUUCAUGGCAAAACCAGUCAUCAUAAUUCAUGUGUUAUGUUACAGUACAGACUUUACAACCACUGAUGUGUUUAAAUGCAUUUUUUUUAUUGCGUAAUAUACUCAAUUUUUUUUGUCAUUAAGAUCCAGCUUCAAUAAAACUUAUAGAUCACAAAGAA